AUAAAAUAAUAAUAAUAGUAAUCAAUCAAAAUAAAAGAAGAAACAAUCGAACAACCAAGACUCAAGAUGUCUGAAGAAAAACGUAGCGAGACCACCUACCGUUUGCUCGAGGAUUCCUCCGACUCACCGGAUUUGUCUCCAACCGACAGAUACGACACUCCAAACCCGACGCCUUCGAAAUUUCAUACAGAUUCGAGUCCCACCAUGAAUAGUCUGAUAGAAAGGUUGAGGCAGUUGCGAGUGAAGACGCCCGUGGAACCCAGGGUACCCUUUCCUACUCCUGUUAAACUAUCUCCCACUGAAUCUUCCGAGCCGUCUUCGAGCAAAGACAUCAAGCUACCCAUCUGUAGUGGGUCUGAUCUGGUGAAAAUGUUAGAAAUGCAUAUCAAUACGCGUUUAUCGAUUUCUGAAGAACGAUGCAGUCCAGUUCGCGGCAGUAUCGACGACGAAACGUUGAAGAUGAUGUUAGCCAAAGAACAUGAACGUCGUCAGAUGGAAAAUUGGGAAUUAGACAGGGAGAAAUUAGAUGAAGGGAAGAGCGAAACGAUCUUGAGUCCGCUUUUAGGUCGCCGUUUGAAGAAGAAUCGAAAGUUCUUCGUGGAUGUCCCACCUCUGGAAGAAAUUGAUUCACCGCAGUCAAGUGUGGACAGCUCUCUCCUGGUUGAAACUGGUUCACCUGUGUUAAUGGAGUGUCACCCGGAAUGUGAGCCAAUUCGUCAGGACGAUGAACUGGCGUUCUUGUCGCAUAGCUUGCACAACAUCUCUGGAGCGUUUUCUGAAUUAUUGUCGUUGAAUAGAGAUAGUAUGGGAUGCGAAGCUAGUGACAAAGAGAGUAGCGUGAAGUUGGAAACGAAUGUAUUGAUAGAAGAAGGGAAAUUUAAGGAGCUUAUAGACGUUUACUUGGGAGAUUGCGUGAGCUACGAGCAGAAACAGAUGGUGUUCGAUAGCUAUAUGAGUAGCAUUAAUUUGAACAAAUCUGAAGAUUUUACCGAAUUUACCGAAGCGUACAGAAAGGACGAUCUUGUUAGUAAGUUUUUGGCUAGGGUUUCUUUGGAGGAUUUGCCUGAGGAUCGAAGAGAAGCAAAUUGGAAGGUUAAAAUGGUCGAAGAGAAGACCGUGGAUCAGAAUUUGUCCAAAGAAGAAGGAAGCAUCGUGUCUCAAGACGGAACGUGUAAGAACGAAGAUAUUGUAUCUCCUAAUAGAGACAUUUUUUUGAAAAAAUGUUGCUCCGAAUCCGAUAUUUCAAACAGUCCUAAAACCAACGAUGACGUUAUAUCCGAAGAGUAUAUCAAAAGAUUGGAUAGAUCUCAAUCGAUGACGGACGAGUUAACACGCGCCGGGUCCUACUCAGAGCUAUCAAUGAAUUUUGAUAUGCAGAUCGAAGAGAGGAUUACUGACACUUUCAAAUUGAUAGAUUCUUUUGAUACAACUGGUGAUCACGAAAGCUCUGAUGACCCCAUAGAUUUUUCGAUAGCUCCUGAACAGAAAUCGUCUGGCUCGGUUGAUUCUUUGACGAGUUCAAAAGAAGAUAUAAAUGAUAAUCAAAGAGAUUCGAAAUCAUAUGCUAGUGACAAGUGUACCGAAGAUUCGAAUAAAAGCAGCGAAGAUAAUGUUGCGAGCAUUUAUUAUUCAGUCAGCUCUCGUGGGAGCAUUGGUUUAAACGAACUUCCCAAUGAAGUAGACAAUAUAAAGGAUUCUUCUAUUGAUUCGAGGGAACGAGAAUCGUCGACAGACACGAGUCAUAAAAGUUGUGGUCCAUUGCCUGACGUAGAAGAUGAAGUUUUCGAAAAUUUUGGCUUGGUCGAUAAUUUUAAGAGGGAGGCCUGUUUCCAAUCGUUUCUGAGAAGAGUGAUGAAGAGAGAAUGGAUACGUUCGAUCAGAAAAUUGAGGAAUUCGUCAGAGAAAAUAAUGGAUGCUGAAGAUGAUAGGAAAAAAUCGGAGAAAGCGAAGAAGGAAGAUACGUCGUCUUCGUCGAUGCAGAAAUAUGACGACAGUGAUCUAAAAUCGACGAAAUAUUACGAAACGGAAGAAUGUCUGAAAAUAAAAUUUAAGAAGAGGGAGCCUAAGAUAUUGGAAGAGAGAAAUCCAGAUGUGCCCUUUCCGCCGUCGCACAAAUUGACAGUGGCUGAUGUGUUCGACCCGCGAACGGAUCGGCCACGGCCGGAAGUCCUCAAGCAACACUUUAUCCUGGAAGGUAGAAUCGACGAGGCAGCGGCUCUUCGUAUAGUCAACGAUGGAGCAGCCCUUCUUCGCUCGGAGAAGACUAUGAUCGAUAUUGAAGCUCCAGUUACCGUGUGCGGUGACAUUCACGGACAGUUCUAUGACCUGAUGAAGUUGUUCGAGGUGGGCGGGCCACCCUCCACGACGAAGUAUCUCUUCCUCGGCGAUUAUGUAGACAGGGGUUAUUUCAGUAUCGAGUGCGUAUUGUACCUGUGGGCACUUAAGCUGUGCCAUCCAAACACACUGUUUCUUCUCAGAGGCAACCACGAAUGCCGUCAUCUCACGGAAUACUUCACAUUUAAGCAAGAAUGUAAAAUAAAAUACUCGGAGAGGGUGUACGACGCUUGCAUGGAUGCGUUUGACUGUCUACCGCUAGCGGCCCUCAUGAACCAACAGUUCCUCUGCGUGCACGGUGGACUCUCGCCGGAAAUUCACAAUCUAGAAGACAUACGCAAAUUGGACAGGUUCAAAGAGCCGCCGGCGUAUGGGCCGAUGUGCGAUCUGCUCUGGUCGGAUCCAUUGGAGGAUUUCGGCAACGAGAAGAACGCCGAACAUUUCUCUCACAACAGCGUUAGGGGUUGUUCAUACUUUUACAGUUAUGCGGCGUGCUGUGAUUUUCUGCAAAACAACAACCUGCUCAGCAUCAUAAGGGCGCACGAGGCUCAGGAUGCGGGCUAUCGCAUGUACCGCAAAUCUCAGACGACGGGUUUCCCGUCGCUAAUCACCAUCUUCAGCGCGCCCAACUACCUCGACGUUUACAACAACAAGGCAGCUGUACUGAAAUACGAGAACAACGUGAUGAACAUCAGGCAGUUCAAUUGUUCACCGCAUCCCUAUUGGUUGCCCAAUUUCAUGGACGUUUUCACGUGGUCUUUGCCAUUUGUAGGUGAAAAAGUCACAGAGAUGUUGGUGAACGUGUUGAGCAUCUGCUCGGACGACGAGCUCAUGAGCGACGGAGACGAUGGGCUCGAAGAAGAUGUCGCAGCGAAAGUCGUUAUCCAAAAAAAGAACGCGUCACAAGCCCCGACAUCCGCAAAUUUAACUCGCGAAUGCUUAGUGAAGCGGAAACACAGCGACAGCGGAACGAUAUUUUCACGUGCAGCAGCCAAUCUACGCAAGGAGGUUAUCAGAAACAAGAUCAGAGCCAUUGGCAAGAUGGCGCGCGUCUUCUCCGUCCUCAGAGAGGAGAGCGAGAGUGUGUUGCAGCUGAAGGGUUUAACGCCGACUGGCGCUUUACCUCUUGGUGCGUUAUCAGGUGGAAAGACGUCCCUAAAGAACGCUCUGCAAGGUUUCUCGCCGAACCACAAAAUCACCUCGUUCGCCGAGGCGAAAGGUUUGGAUGCCAUAAACGAAAGGAUGCCGCCAAGAAAGGACGCCCCGCUCACGCCGGUAAACGAGGAGAAGCCCGUGAUAAAGCCACCGGCUCCUGCGGCAGACAAGCGAGACCACAACACACCGCAACCGCAAUCGUGAGCCUCACACUCGUCCAAUCAAGGUCCGGGCCGAAGUUCGUUGAAGAAAGCUGUGUGCCAUAAGAAUGAUAAUAUAGAGAAAGUUAUUAACGCGUGUAAACUUAAUAUAUUGUAAAGAGAAUAAAGUAGAUGUUGAGGAAUUAGUUGUAGGUAUACACAGAAAACAACAAAUCUAGCAUAAUCGAUGAACACUGUAGUCAGUGUUGAGAUAUAUAUAUCUAGAGAAAAUGGAAAAAGCUAAAUAUGUUUCGGAUGCGAAUCUACAAUUAUAUGAAGGAUUGGCAAAAUUUCUUUAUAAAAUUAAAAGUCCAUUAUCUAUCUGUACUGAAUUAUAAGAAAGUAGAAUGACUGUCUCAUUCGCAGCUAGUAUUGUCGAUAAUAUUCAGAUUAUUAAUCCCCAAUUCCGACUCUCCUAUCACACAUGCUAUCUUUUCAUUCUACGCAUAUUUCAUCGUAAUGUUACAUUAUAAGAUUUGAUAGAAUCUAUGUUUAAAUACACUGAGAUUUUGUAAAAUUUAUAGAAUUUAUCGGAUUUAUAAAAUUUACUAACGCGAUAAUAUUUAUAAUAUAGUUAUUAUAUACAGGGUGCAGCAGAAUGACAUGCAAAAGUGUGCAGGACGUGAUUCUUUGUAGAAGAAUAAGAAAAGAAUAUAGAGUAGAACUUUGUCGUUCUCGGCUUGGUUUACGAGAAAAUCGAGUUUGAAAAUUUAUCAAGUAUAUGUUGAACAUGGCUAAUCCCUCACUGAACAUGACUAAAUAACCGACAGGAUUCAUGUUCAAUACAUGUUCAAAUGUAUCUGGUAAAUUUUCAUACUCGAUUUUCUCGAAAACUGAACCGAAAAUGAGAAAGUUCUAUUCUAUAUUAUUUUCUUAUUUUUCCAUGAGGAAUCGCGUCGUGCCCACUUUUACGUAUUAUUCGGUCGGAUUCUGUAUAACAGCUUUAUAAUAUACACGCAAUUUACGACUUCUCUGUAACUAUCUUGAGUCGUACUGUAGCAAAAUUCACAGGAUCCACGAGGAAGAUCGGCAAGCGAUUGUCGUUGGAUGUGUCGAAAACGAUAACUCGUUGGUCGAUUGAUCGGAUCGAGCAUUCGAAGGAUAUAAAGGAACGAAAGGAGCGACUAAAAAUGUAUAUUACGAUCAUUAUUAUGAUCAAUAAAAGAACUUCAGUAGUAUCUUGCUCAGGCGUUUGAAAGUUUGUUUUGUUGGAAAGAGUUGAUGAUAUCGAAGAAUGAACGUAAGAAGUUCCACGAGUGAAUGUGUAUCGAAAACUGUAACGAAAACAGCUCGAUAAUUGUACACCGAUUACGGUAUCACGCACGAUACGCACCUUCAGACAUAUGUAACAUAUAUAUAUAUAUCUGACUUGUCUGUUCUCACCCUUUGUCGCGUGGUUGAUUAACUUCGACACGUGGGUCACGGGGUUACAACUAACCUGGAAAAGGUGGUACCAUUGGCGACACGUGGAUUCACAGCUUCCUGUUGCGUGUUGCUCGAGUAUCGACCCGCGGAGAACACUUUGUUGGCCGAAUCGUUCUUCCUGAUGAACAUCGUCCCUCGUUAACACGCUGUUGAUGUUCCGAUAUUCAUCCCUCGACGAUAGGAUUUUUUUAAUCCUUUCGAUGCCGCAAGAAUAGAAUUUUUAAUAUUUUAGAGAAAUUUUUGAAGGAUUAACGACUUUAAAUUUGUCAAUAAAUUUCAUAAGAAACGAAAAUUCAGAAUUUUUAUCAAUUUGCCAAAAGAUUCGGAAUUUAGCGUUUCUAUAAAUUUCGUGUGACAUUCAAGUUUAACAUUUUUACAAAUAUCAGGAAGGCUCGAUAUUCAGAAUUUUUAUAAAUACUCUCCUGAUAUAAUUAUUAUUUGUUCUUAUAUUGUAGAAUAAAUAGUUGCGAUUUACCGUAAUAUUCCUUUAGCAGCGGACGGAAUAAUAUCUUUCAAAUUUUUUCUUACGAUUAUGCUGAGUUAAUAAUGUUUAAUUAGUUGAGUUUCGAGAAUUAAAUUACAAUUGGUAAUAAAAAUACCGUUGACGUUGUAAUUAAUGGGAACUGUGUAGGAGCGGGUUGUUCCUCGUUAGAAAUACAAAUUAGUAUAUCAGGAGCAGACGAGGCUGCAGCUCUCACUCCUCGAAUUACAAACUCCGCCAAACUUGCUAACAUUUAUCAAAGUUUGAGCGAUAUUGUCUUCACGGUAACUGUCCGCUGCUAAACGAAAUUAGAGACAAGUAGUUGCUGCCGUUUAUAGUCCACCCUUUGAAACAAUCAGUAGCAUUUGACGGCCAUUAACUGCCACAGAGCUGCUAAUAAGAUUAUCGUUGCAACGAAAAGAUUAAGAAUGACGAGUCCCUUGAAAAAAGACACGACACUAAUCAAAUAUAUUUUUCACUAAAAACCAAAUAUUACAUAACUUAUUCAUUGAUUUCCCUUUGUCAAUCUUUUGGCGAUUAAAAAUUUGAAAAGAGUAUAAAAAGAAGAAAUAAAAGAAUAUUUAAAGA